UUUAUGGACAUGUACCUGCAAAUUUCUAGAUACUCACGAAACUUUGCACAGACCGUCCCAAAGGUAAACAGCAGCUAAAGAUGACGCCAAUUCCUAUGACUGGACUCUAUUCGAAUUUCACUACCAGUGCAAACACGACAGGGGCUGAAUAUACCAGUCCAGGAGGAAUAGUAUCCGGAACAUUUGACCCCGAUGCUGAAUAUAACAGUCCAGGAGGAAUAGUAUCCGGAACAUUUGACCCCGAUGUUGUGCAGAGAGUUCCAGAAAUCGUUGGACUGAACCCAGCAUAUCUCGGCGUAGAAUUCAACGCUGUCAUAAUUGCAGUGACUAUUAUAUUAUGUGCUGGAGCAGUUAUCCUUAAUCUCGGUAUCAUGACUUACUACUGGCCUAAAAUUAAGAAUCUGAUUCCUUUUCUUUACUUUAUUCUAAGCUCCAGCGAUUUUCUAACCGGGGUCUGUGCUGGUAUCCAUUCCAUUAUCUUCAUCACUAUCAUAGCCCUCAAAAAUUCAGGUUACAAUCCUAUCUUCUGGUUGAUCAUCCCCAGCUACUUUCUAACAGUUGUAACCUUCAAAGUGUCUGCUUUCGUGAGUAUGAUCUUCAGCGUGAUUCGAACCAUCAACAUAGUCUCGCCCUUUAGCAGUGUAAAAAGAAAACCAGCCAUCAUCUCUAUCUUUGUCUGGCUCUUCAUUUGGCUUGCUAUAUCUUCACUAGAGACUGGAGUCCUCUUGUAUUCACGAUACAAUUUAAGUGAAUCAGAGUUUGAGGGUGAGUUUGUUCUAGCCGGCUACUUCUACCAACCCAACAAAGGGAAGGUAUUUCAAAACAUGGGAGGUAUUUUCAACAGUACAAAUGAAUGCUAUCUUGAUUUGAUAUACACUGCAUCUCCGGUGUUUCUGUGCGCUAGUAUCACCCUAGUCACCACCAUAAUUCAGGUCAUAUUCCUGCUGAAAACAGGUAAUGCCAUUACUGAGGAUCCUAAGCGAGACAUACGGGAAAAGAGGCAGAUAAGCGGCACAAUCAUACUGAUUGGAACUCUCUUUAUAGCCUGUUCAGCUUUCACUCUCUACCAACCUCUAAUAGUCUGUACAACAAAAGUGAGGGCCUUCUAUAAAGGCAGAUUCUACGCGACAGGCUACAUUCCUUUCUUCUUAAACGCGGCCCUCAACCCUCUCAUUCUGGUGUCUAGGGUCUCUCAUCUUAGAGUGUACAUGUGGGAAACCAUUACAGGGAGGAACAGGGUUGUCACCCCUGGUUAUCGUCCCAAAUACCAGGUAAAGAGGGCUACAAAAGCAGAGGUUACACUCCUUUCUUAAGACUCUUCUACCACUCUUCGAUCGGAAGACUCGUUCUGAAGGCAGCUGAUACAGUUUAAAGAACUAAAGAACUGAGAAACUUGACGAGGUUGUUAAAGACACGACGUAAAGUGGUGAACCAGUUGUUGUGCCAUAAAAGACUGGCUUGAUGUUUCUAGUUUUAAAUGUCAGUUAUUUCCUCUCUAAUUUCAACUUAAGAAACUCAAAUGGAAAUUUCUCAAAUAUAUGCAAUUUGCUUUUGCCCACUUUUAAAUGGCUAAAUUUUAUUAUGUAAUGUUAUUUUCAUCUCUCAAGAUUUUCAUGAUUUUUUGCACGAUUGGCUUUUGUCUCAUUUUUAUUUUCGAAAAAUUAUAGCUU